AUGACCCGCUUCUUCCGCUGCCUCACGCCCUCGUCCCCCGUCGCGCACAACAACUGGACGAUCCAGAACAUCGAUUCCAUCGUCGCCCAUUUCGUCCUCGCUAUCCAAGUCACCGACUACGAACUCGCCGUCGAUGACCAUUUGAGGCACCUCGACCGGGGCUGGAUUGAGCGUGAUAUCUGUGGGAACUUUUUGAUCUUUGUCUUCUGGGUUGUUAGUUGCGCUGGCGUCGGGGAUUAUACCUCCCCGUCCGACGUUUUGGCACCUUCAAUCGAGCACCCAGUAGAGUUCAAGCUGUUUGGCCUACAGGACGAAGCCGUCCUAUCGCCACCUAUGAUCACAUACAAUCCAGAGACCUACACUCCCCGAGCUUUGCAGAACCUGCUCGACGAGUCUGAACGUGCUCUUCAUCAGAGUGAAACGAGCCGCACCACAGAGAGCGCUACCCAGGAAGCACAGCUCGCUACGCUUGAGAAGACUUUGGCCUCUCUUCAGCGUAGGGCUACGAGAUUCGAAACCGAACGGCCGAAGUUGAGCGGCUCAAGAGAGAAGUUCUGGGUCAACAGGAACGACUUCGAGUAUGCGAGCUCUCUUCACGCCGGCACAGCGACGAACGAAAUCGGUGGCAUCGGGACCGACAGCAAUAUGAUAUCAAGGUCUCCACCCUCCAGGACGAGCUUCGAUUCGUCCAUCAGGAGGAGGCCCGAUUGCAGCAAGAAUUCGACAGGGUUCAGAGUGGCGGACGAACCCAUUGGGAAUGACCUGGCCUCCGAGAUCCGGCGAUCAUUCAUACCCGACCACAAGUAUACGUCGGAAUCUGGGUUGGGUAGGACACCGCGAGCACUGCGGGUUCACUUAGAAGAAAUAUUGAUUACAUCGCCUACUGAAUCCGAAGGAUCUCACGAAUACAAUGAGUGGUCAAUCGAGGCAACGAGUUACACCUCAUCGUCAGACGCCACAAUCCUAUCACCGCUCAUAAUAACCGCCGUCGCUCCGUUGUCUGCAUCUGAGAGCAAUAUUGGUGGUCGAACACCUGUCUCUCGCCAAAUCGAAUUACCAGCUGCCAUCGAGAAAAGCGCCAGCACUACCUCAGAAGAGCCGGAGGAAGAGUACAAUAACCCAUCCAGCUCCUUAUUUCUUCGCAGCGAAGGGGUCGUCAUGCAGGAAGGACCCAGCGUUUCACCGUCAUCUGGUAUUUCUGAAAUUCCAGAAGAUGCAUCAUCCUCCACGCCUUCCUCACUGGCAAUACUCCUGAGCGACGUAGAAGCCAGACCAGAGGAAGGGCUCAACGAUUCUCCCCGGUCCUCCUUUUCCGAGACUACACAAGAUACCUCCACCGCCUCUUCUGCCACCAUCCGCCCACACGACGUUCGGCGCUUGGUGGAUGAAGGCGUUCAGACAGCACCGCCCCACGUUCUCUCAAGUCAAUCGAUGCUAGAGAUUCAAGGUAUCUUAACUUAUGCCCGCCACCCAGACGAAGCGAAGCCGCCCUCCACUCAUCACGAACUGCAACUGACCGCCGAUGCGAUAGUGCACUAUCAUGCGCCGAUGCAGUGGCCCAUGAAGCCAGAUGCCGUGGCGGAGGUCGAGACUGCGGAGAGAUGGAAAGCCUUGAAGCAGGAUCUCGCACACGUCAGCCCGUUCCGGUCGUACGAACUCGUGGAGCAGGAUACUUCGUAUAGUGAGGAUUGGUUCAUAUUGCUGUUGUUUGGUAAUAUUGUGCGGUGUUCUUAG